CUCGCUCUGGUUUUAUAAUAAGCGCUACUGAUGGGAUUUCAGAAGAUGUAUGGCUGAGACAACCAUUUGAUUGAUUUUCUUCCAUUGAGCAUUCUCCAGUUUAUAUUUCAUCCCCCUUUUUUGGAAAUGCUGUCCUUCUUUGGUGGAGACAAGGAGAAGGCAAGACUGCUCAAUGCCAGCCGCAAUCUGUAUGACUGUGUCUACAUGUUUGUCUCUUCUUCUAACACCAUAUUCCGAAUGUUCAACCAGUUUCUUAAAACAGAAUUGCCCGUCAUUACAGUGAGGGAAAACCUUAGCAUCAAGGAAAACUUUCAGCUCCUGACAAGCGCUUUGAGAGAGAUGCAGGAGUUCGUAGAAUCAAAGGAUAAAGAAGUCCAACAGAAAAUCAGCCUUCCUUUGUAUUCCAAGAUUGCCACACCUGGUCUCUCUAUGAAUGACAAAAUUAGACUUCUAAAGGACAUUUAUGUUCAAUAUAAGGGAGUUUUUGACAAUAUCUGUGGUCCCAUUUCUGUAGUCGUAAUGAAACAUGGCAAUCUCCCAGAGAUUCUUGAAACUGCUGUUCGGGACUUAUCAUCCUCUCCAGUGCUGUCUGUUCGAGUGGGUGAUCUUCUCAUGACGCAUGAAGAAAUUGCUAAAGCACUUCCAGACUUCAGUCCUACUUCAUCCAGUGCCGCGGCACCACCAGAACCAAGGCCUCGCAGUCGCAGUAUGUCUAUAGGUGGUACAACUUUCUCAUUUACCAACUUCAUCCGGAUAACUUUGCGGGGACAGUCUUCUAAAAAAAAUGCCUUUGAAGCAGCUGCAGAUUGCCUGGAAGAGGCUGUUAAAAUACUGAAGCCAUAUUGUGAAAGUUUUCAAAGAACAGUUAAAACGGUGGAAGAAUAUGUCACAUUGAUCAUUGACAAGCUGCAGUGAGCCAGAAGUUAAUUGCUCAACUCUUAGAUACCCACUUCUCUUUAUGCAGCAGAGAAGUUGUGCAAAUAAAAAAGAGAAAACUUCUUAUUGCAGCAUUUCCUUCCUCUGCCAUUUUAAUGUCAAGGUUUGAACACUGCACUGAGAAGUCCACACAAGGAACACUUGAUUUUAUUAAUAACAUUUUAUUAAUAAUAUGCAGAUAGAUAAAUAUCUAUAGAUAGUGGGAGCUACAAAAAAAACCCCACCCUUACCUGUACAAAUAACAUUUCAAUGAAGUCUGUUUAUACUUUUAUAGCCUUUCACAUUCUAUUAUUAGCAGCCAGGGGAGAAUGUAGGGGUAUAAAAAACAGUCCAAAAAUGAAUCAGGACUCAUAGGGAAACAUCUCAUUGGAUAGUGAAAUCAAUGAAGGAACAACUUAAUGCUUAAUGAGGUCCUGAACCCCUCCCUACUAAUUCCUCUCUUUCACCUUCCACACCAAAUCUUUCUCUUGCCCAUACGCUUAUUCUCUCCUUCCUCACCUGCCCUCUUCCUCCUCCUUCUUUAGUCUAUGACAAGGAAGGUCCUAGGGCUCAGAGAGGUGAGGGACUGACUACCCACUUAACCCCCAAUAGCCUUCCCAACUAGCAGGAGAAUACAAAGAGAAUGCUUGGUUUAAUGACUCUGGUGACCUCUGCCUCACUAGUCCCUAUGCUCAUUGUCUUCAUCCCAUUGUUCUUCAUCUCCCUCCUUCUCCUCUUCUUUUACUUGUACAGACUAUCCCUGCAUCCUUCUCCAUGCCCAUUAUAUCACUAUUGGACUAAAUCUUUCCAUGUUGGCAGUACUAUGCCCCUCGUUCCCUGUUUCUAUACUUACUUUUAAAAGCAAAUGCUGAUGUACUCAGCAUCUUGGUGAAUGGAAUAGCCAUCAGCCUCAUGCAUUGGAAUUUGCUGCAAGGGAUGGUAGAGAUUCUUGUUAAUCCUUCUGCCACAAUCCCAGGUAGAUGCGGACAUCAAACCACAGCUGCCAGGUACUGACUGCAUCUAUUCAUGCUUUCAAAAGCAAGUGCAGGAGAAGAUAUGGGGAAAGUACACAGUUCUUUUUCAUUCAGGUUUCUGAUGUCUGACUACCUUGCUGUCUGGAAACUGUUUGGUCUUAUAUCAACAGUAUCAUAGAAGCCCACUCACAUGAGCUGGGUUUCUUAUCCUUAUCUGGAUCACAGAAAUGGAACUGGGGUAUUCAAUUUGGCAUCCAUCCCAACUUAAUUUCUUGUGACAACCCUAGUAAAAUAGAACAUAUAUGGAGAAUGCACCCAAAAGGUUGGAAAAAAACAAUACAAGGAAAAAUGUAUUGUUUAUCCAACACAUUUCAGAUUCCAAUGAGCUUUCACAAGGAAAUUCAGGGAAAUGAAUUUUCAAUUUAGGUUCGGUCAGUCUUCAGCCAUCUAAGGUGCAUGUUCUGGAGGACAAUAAAUCCUUUCCCCUCCUCCCAUCUCCCACCUCAACUGUUUUUCAAGUUGUUGCUGAUACUUUUAAAUCUUUAGCAUACCACUGUGUCACUGGGCAACUCAAAUGUUUGAGUAUGGUGUUGCAACUGAGCAGUAGUGUCAGUUGAGGGAUAGUGUAGAUCACAUAGUGUGACACCUCAGAAGAGGGGUAACACUUGGUUGGGGCCUCCUCUAGUAUGUGUCCAGUACCUGCCCCUUCUUUUCUGCUGCCUUGGCUCUCUCCACAAGAAGAAGCCAAGGCAGCAGAGGAGGAAGGACAGUGUGCAUGCCUUUGGUCCCUUCCCACUGUCUCACUUGUCAAGCCACCCUCCAUAAGCUCUGGGUAGGUAGGGAGGGAGGCAGGCAGGUGAGAGAGUAUGCAGGAUGAGAGCAGCAAAUGGGCAGCCCUCAUGGAUGCUCCUCUGCCUGGCUCCCACCCCCCCAGGAGGAAGCAGAGCAGUG